UAAAGAGCUUAUGACAUCUGUACCAUCACCAUACUAAUCCCACCACCACCUACCGCCGUCGCUACCACCACUCUAGCCAGUGAUGGCAGCUUAUGGUGCAGCGAUUUCUCUCAAGAAAGCGAUUCAGGAUAUUCUACAAUCGUCUCGCAUCUCCAUGAUUCCUCCCUCUCCAUAGAUCUUACAAUCCGCCUAUGAUGCUAUGCAUGGCUUGCAGAAAGUUAUACGGCAAGAUCAGGAUGAAGGUGAAUGCUUUGGAUGAACGAAUCAAAAAGAUCGUAUGGGAAUUUGAAGAUUUACUCGAAUCCCAUUACGCUGAUCAGAUUCUUCCACCGCUCGAAAGUGGGAGAGAUAGCUCAUCUUUCUUAGUAGAUAUGCAGAGUCUGCGGCAGAGUAUUGAUUGCUUCAUCGAGAGGGUGACAGCGAUGGAGGUGGAGUAAGAGACUCAACUGCUGCUUAUGCGUGAAGAAGAAGGUGAACCUCUUUCCUCAAGAAUUGAUCUUGGUGGAAUCAACUCUAAUAUGGUUGGAUUAUAUGAAGAAUUUGAGGAAAUUAAGGAUUAUCUUCUUCCAGAAGGUGUAGAAGAUGAAGGUGAAGAAGAAGGUGAAGGGAGUUGUUUAUUAGUUACUGGGAUAGCAGGGGUUGGAAAGACCACUCUUGUUAAGAAAGUAUUUGAAGAUCCCUUGAUUCAGAGACAUUUCGAGCUUCGAGCAUGGGUCAAAGUGGACAGAAAAUGUGAAUCCAAUCAAACAGUACGAUGCAUUCUAGCUCAAGUGGAUCCCAACAAUCGCGAUCAAAUGCUUAUCCAAAGAGACGAUGAUGAUAUCAAGAAAUUAGUUGGACUCUUGGAAGAGAGAUUGAAGGAUAAGAAAUGUCUCAUUGUGUUGGAUGAUGUAUGGCAAUGGGACACACGACUCAUGAGUACCUUGCAAGAAAAGAAUGUCCAAAUUUUGCUUACAUGUAGGCUGAGAAUUGAAGAUUCCCCAAAUAUUCAUGUAGUACGUUUGUUGAAUAAAGAAGAAAGUAAGAAAUUACUUUGUGAGAAGGUGUUCGGUGAAAAGGGUUUCCCAACUUACCUUGAGGAAUUGGGAGAAAAGAUUGCAGCAAAAUGUGAAGGUCAUCCUCUUAUGAGCAGAGCUUCUAUCUAAAGAAGCCAAGACACCAAAAUACUGGAUUGAGGUAACAAAAAAACAACAUAGUUCAGACUUUGAGGAUGCAUAUGAUCAAAUAUCAGAGGUUGUUAUGAAGUUAUGGAAGACCAACAUCGGUUAUGUGCCCAUUCCAACGCUUUAUUUUCCAUCAAACAAGUGUAUGAUUCAAUAAAGAGUGACUGUCCAUCCACUGUCCGUUCUCUCCUUUGUUAUGGUCCUGUCCACCCUUAUCCAGUGCCAAUACAUGCCAUGGAUUUUAAGUUGCUCAGGGUACUAAACGCUCUUACGGUC